AUGGUGCCAUUAACAAUACCUUCAGCUAUACGAGAAGAAUGCAAUAAAUUUGUAUCGAAUUUUAUGACACGAAGAAUGUUAAGGUUGCACCAAGGAUUAUCGCAUGAUGGAAACUGGAAAGAAAGUAACGAUAAGCUUAAGAAAGUUGCAUUAAAGAUUCUGGAUACAAUGAGAAAUGUUUGGAAUAAUCCAGCUUUUCGUUCCGAAUUCGUUGAAUCGUUGAAUGAAGGUACUUAUGUAAAUAAUGUAGUCGUAUCCGCAAUUCAUGCUUCAUUAUUUGAUAACCCCUUUGGAGAAUGUGCAUUUAUUACCACCUUUGAACGCCAGAGUCUGGAUAGAAAAAAAAUAGAUAAACGAAUGGGGCGACGGCCAGAUAUUAUGUUUAUCUCUAAGGAAAGCAAUAAAUUAUAUGAACUUAUGUAUGCGGAAUGCCGUAGGGUAGAAAAUAGCCAUUUUGGCAUUGUUGGAGUACAAGUGUCGGGUUGUAAAUUACGUUUGAAUGUUCUUCUUAUCAGAGAUUCGGUUGAGGUGCAUCGUUAUUAUAAUUUGCGGGAAUCUGAAAUACCGAUCAGAUAUUCAAACGAUCCUUCUAUUCUAGAGGAAUUCAUAAAUACUCUGCUAAUUUUACGGAAUAUCUUAAUAGUUAAUAUUAAUAUGUCCUUAUUACGUAGUACACGUCCAUGUAGAUCAAGUAGAAAUUUAGAAGAUAGUUCAACUAUAUCAUCUGAUUAUUAUUUGGCAACGCAUGGCAAACUUUUACCGGAACUUCAAUGUAGAAUUACUGGAGUUUUUGUAAUAUUAAUUGUAUUGGCAAACGUGUUGUUGGGAGCCUGUAUUUCAGUAAACACAUUUAUAAGGGUAUGUUUAAAUAAGCACCCAGGUUUAGGGAAAUACGAUUGGAAAUUAUUAUCACCUGUCAUAAUAAUAAGUCUGAUUUCUACGUCACCAAGUAUCGAAAGGUCUGGAUCUGACGAAUUCUGGUGUGGGUCUAGAGAUUUGCAAGGCACGUUAAUACUAUUGACGUCAACUGUGGUCAUAAUAACGUUUUGUUAUGGAAGUAUACUUUAUAAAGUCAAAAAAAUUGAUCGACAAACAUUAAACGAAACUGUAUUUUCAUUUACAUAUAAUAUAUCGUUUUCUAGAUGGGCUCCUUCUUUAUCAAGAUUUGUUUAUAUCUUGUUCUCGCCGACCACACCGUCUUGGCUUUACAUUUUAAUAGGCGUAACAAUAAAUUCAGGCGGUAUCGCGAAUGCCAGCAUGUAUCACUUCCAAGAGGCAUUUAAAGAAGAGUUCAACUCUUUUUCAUUAAAAGGUACGGUGGAUGGUAGUGGUAACGAAAAUAACCUUAUCGAACUUCAUGAAAUACCAAUUGCAACUAAAGUAGAUUUUUAUAAUGACGAUAAUAAUAAAUUAUGA